AAUUUCAGAUCAGUAUCUUCAUUAGUUAUGGAGAUAUAUCCAUUUUAAUUUGAAAUAAAGGGAGGUAAUUUGACAUAAACUCAGUCAAUAGUUAUCUACCCUCGUUUACUCGGUCCAACUAAUGACAAUAAUGAAAUUUCAAAUAAGUCCUAUAAGUACUUACUGAUAUAAAUCCAUUUUGAUUACAAUCAGGGGAGGUAAUCAGAUAUAAAAUAACUCUGGAACCUACGAAUGGAUCUGAUUUGUCAUGGAAUCAAAGAUUUAUUGUUGUUGAAGAUAUUUUGGAAGUUUGUAUAAAAUAAAACCAUAAAUGAAGUCUCUAUAUGGCUGCAAAAGCCAAAAUAGCCAAUUUUGGACCUUUAAGGGGCCAUUACUCUGGAACCCAUGAAGGAAUCAGGCCAGUUCAAGGAAGGAACUAAGAUCUUGUGGUGAUACAAGUUUUGUGCAAGUUUGGUUAAAAUCAAAUCAUAAAUGAAGCUGCUAUUGUGCAGACAAGGUCAGAACAGCUUAUUUUGGCCCUUUCAGGGGCCAUAACUCUGGAAUCCAUUAUGGGAUCUGGCCGGUUCAAGAAAGGAACCUAGAUCUUAUGGUGACACAAGUUUUGUGCAAGUUUGAUUAAAUUCAAAUCAUAAAUGAAGCUGCUAUUGUGCAGACAAGGUCAAAAUAGCUAAUUCUGGCCCUUUCAGGGGCCAUCACUCUGGAACCCAUAAUUGAAUCUGGCCAGUUCAAGAAAGGAACCAAGAACAUAUGGUGAUACAAGUUGUGUGCAAGUUUGGUUAAAAUAAAAUCAUAAAUGAAGCUGGUAUUGCGCAGACAAGGUCAAAAUAGCUAAUUCUGGCCCUUUCAGGGGCCAUAACUCUGGAACCCAUAAUGGAAUCUGACCAGUUCAAGAAAGGAGCCAAGAUCUUAUGGUGAUACAAGUUUUGUGCCAGUUUGGUAAAAAUCAAAUUAUAAAUAAUAUCAAUUAUUUUAUCUUUUAAAUAAUUGCUUUUAUUUUUCACGAAAUCGUCAGUUUGUCAUCGCGUAUCUAUACCUAGGUCAGUUUGUCGUUGUGCAUCUAUACCUAUACAUGUAUGAUCAUGUAUGUUUACUGUAAGCUUUGUGAGACAAAACCAGUUUUGGUUCCAGGUCUAUUAUAAACGUUGUAUAUAAAUAAACCAGAUUUGUUUGGGAACCAAACGUAAUAUACGUACAUAUAUAACACAGAAACACGUGCAAUAUUCUCAGUUAAACUUGUACUACCUACGAAGUAACAACUGCUAGAUUUUUUCAUCGUAACGUCUGUUAGAACUUACAUAACUAGACAACUGCAUAUUAGCACUGAUGCCACGUGGCAGAGCUAGAAGAAGGGCUAGACAGGAGCCCGCCGUGAGGCAGGAACACGCCGGCAACAUUAGACGCCAACCGGCCAGAAACGCUAGGCAACAACCAGCGGAGGAGGUUAGACAAGGACCCGCCGGCAAUGUCAGACGCCAUCACGCCGGAAACGAGGAACCCGCAGGCAACGCAAGGCGACAACCCGCCAGAAAUGUUAGACAAGGGCCAGUCAGGGAGGUCAGGCAAGACCCUGCCGACGACGCGAGGCGCCAAGCGGAUGCAAGAGACGAACCCGUUGACCAGAGAAACGGUGGCAGGGGCCAGAAACGAACGGCGGACGAGUUGGAAGGCUUAGUAGAGGACAGAAUGUUGCAAGAUAAUGCCGAUGUUUGGAUUGUUGGUGAUUCAAUCCCGUAUUGGGCAGGGACACAUGCUACAGCCACUGGAAAACCUAACUUAAACAUAGAGGGAGUGUCAGUUGCAUGGUGGGGUAAGAGAGGUAUGGGUUGGAGCGGAUUUAGACAGCACAUAGAGACACAGGUUCUUCUGUCUUCACCGCCCAGAAUAAUCAUCAUCAAUCUAGGUGGUAACGAUUUACUCCAAUUCAAAACCCCAGAUAUUGGAAAUCUCAUACGGCAAGAGAUAGUUUACCUUAGAGACGCCUUUCCGCAGACAAUGAUUAUAUGGUUAGAUAUUUUGCCAAGACAGGUCUGGCCGGGGUCAAGAGGGGGAUACAUUCCUAUCGAAACUAAACGCAAACGACUGAACAGAAUCGGUCGUUAAAUUGUAUUAGAGUCGGGAAGGGCAGACAUAAUUUCAACAGAUAUUGACGCAGAAACAGCCUUUUAUCGUCCCGACGGAGUUCAUUUAAAUCUAGUUGGCCUUGAAUUUUAUCUAGACUUCAUUAAAGACGCCAUUCUGAGAAACAUAUCUGAAUAAAUAAUUACAAGAUUUGCAAAAUUAUUAAAGAGCUGUCUGUUCUUGCUAAAAUUUACUUGAAGUAUUGAAGUAUAUAAGCAAGUAUUUAAAAUCGUUUCUCUCCAGAAUUUUCGGGGGAUAAAUUUCAAUAAAAUUUAUUGUGGCGGGGAAGAAUUCUGCCGAUCAGAAGUUGACUGGGCGUUGCAUACUUUAACAUUUUUAUUUACUGUCAAGUACGUACUUUAUUCAAAAUGUAUAUAACUCUGGUUCUGGUUUUCGGCUCUCGCGAGUUACCAACGUGAAUCGGGGGACUAGAGCCAGAGCAUUUCAAUUCUCUUUUGGAGGGUCAUUUUUAUAGACAACUUGCGUGGCAUCGAGUAGUGGUGUACAAAAGGUAUUGCCCUAGUACUCUGGUAAUAUCUUUAUAGCGUUGCGUUAUAGCCUUGCCUAGCUCUAUAUAGCCUUGCUCAAGGAUACAUUGCCUUGCCUUGCCUUGCCUUGCUUUGCUUGGUGAUUCUAGCUGGUUAUCCAGCUAGAUUUCCGUUAUGGCUAUGGCUACCCGUAGAAUAAUGAAGGAGUCAUACUUGCUGAUGCUGGUCACUACAAUGCUGUGUCCGGUUUGGUGACACGUUUGGUAUUUUUCAUUAUUGCUAUGGUUGCCCGUAGGAUAAUGGAAGAUAUCACUCGUCUGUCAUUUCGUCCGUCGUAGUGAACCGUAGCAUUGAUGAAAAUUGUGUCAUGUUAAAAGUUGUUUUUCUGUAAAUAAGUAAGUUUUGCUGGUCAUGGGUUAGAAUAUAGACUCGGAGCACGCCUGGUCUUCUUUUGGUCGGCUGAUUCGUUCCCUACAAUUUGGGCUGGUUACCCGGCUGAAUUGGCUGGUUUGACUGGUUACCCGUUUAAACCUUGAGUGGCCAAAAUAUCCCAAUAUUUAAGGAAAAGCUACUCACGCUUUUGAAUACUUUAUAUUGAUUAUAUCAUAUUUAGUCAAAGAUUAAAUAUAUUGAAUUAAAUUGAGAAUGUUGCACGUUUUCUUUUGGUUUUGAUUUCGGGUAAUGAAAUAAUAUCAAUUAUUUUAUCUUUUAAAUAAUUGCUUUUAUUUUUCACGAAAUCGUCAGUUUGUCAUCGCGUAUCUAUACCUAGGUCAGUUUGUCGUUGUGCAUCUAUACCUAUACAUGUAUGAUCAUGUAUGUUUACUGUAAGCUUUGUGAGACAAAACCAGUUUUGGUUCCAGGUCUAUUAUAAACGUUGUAUAUAAAUAAACCAGAUUUGUUUGGGAACCAAACGUAAUAUAUGUACAUAUAUAACACAGAAACACGUGCAAUAUUCUCAGUUAAACUUGUACUACCUACGAAGUAACAACUGCUAGAUUUUCCCACCCGCCACACCCCAAAUCAAAACGAAUUUGGUACUUUUGUCAAGUUAUAAUAUUUUUACACAAGUUUAUUCAUUUUGUUAUACAAUUAUAUUGUAUGUUUAUGUUUAACUGAAUUUGGACAAACUAAUUGCUCUUCGUAGUAUUUGUGUUACAGGCAAUUUGCCACCGAGCUGACGAGCAAACUUGGAUACAAACUAUCACGCACUACCUCAAGGGGAACAGAUGUGAUGUACAAUUGUCGCUAAAUUUGUGAUGAACAUUCCUAACGGAGAUGAGACUUAACAGUGAGACAUAAACUUUCCUAUGUGUGCGUGUCAUUUACAUUGACUUAUGUAUGUGAAGUGAUAUUUUCCAAGUGUUAGUGCUCGUGCUUUAAUUUCUACUUUAAGUAAGUAGUGGAUACAAGCAAAAACGAACUAUGACAUAUAUUUAUGUAUUAUAUGUUGGCUGAAAGACAAAUAAUUUCUGUGUAUAUACAUUGAUAAGAAUGAAUAUUAUCUUUAAAUGAUCUUAUACUAUGUUUAUGAAAUAUUCUAAUUAUGUCACUCAAAUUUUGUGCUUGCGGGGAAGAAUUCUGCCGAUCAGAAGUUGACUGGGCGUUGAAUACUUUAACAUUUUUAUUUACUGUCAAGUACGUACUUUAUUCAAAAUGUAUAUAACUCUGGUUCUGGUUUUCGGCUCUCGCGAGUUACCAACGUGAAUCGGGGGACUAGAGCCAGAGCAUUUCAAU